AUGGGUGAUCAAGUUAUUUCCGUCUCUCAAAAAAUCCGAGACGCGCUCCAAGCCUCGCUACCAGCUGCGCCUGAUCAACUAUUGACGAUUCAAAGUCCAGGCACGGCGCUUAACUGCAGCGAGUCUGGGCCGUUCUGGUGGAAUCCAAGCAAGCAUGCCGAAACACCCUAUGGCGUCAAGGUGAGCGAGGCCCGACUAACGGACGGCAUGGUCCCGUUGAGCAAAGUCAUGAGGGCCCCCACCGGCCAGAGCGUGGCUCAUAGCUACAAUGCCGCUCUCGACAUGCUCAUUCCCGAGGAUCCCUUCAUGAGUGGAGGUACAAUGGGCCCCGGCCGGACUUCAGGCGCAGAGCGAUACGCAUCCGCCAUGAAGUUUCUCUCGUCAAAGGACCGCGAUACCGACAUGACCGUCAUGGACGUGUACACCAAGAAGCAGCAAGCGUGGAUCAUGGCAGCGAGCGAAUGGGAACAGGCGCAGAAACGAGCAAGAGGUGAAUUACUCAGACGACUUGCCCUACGCUGGACGACGGACCUAACAUUGAACGUGUCGCUUCUUAUUCUAGAGGACCUGAAACAGUGGCAUCCACUGGAACCUAAAAUGUUUCAACAGCUUUACCUUGGAUGGCUUCAAGAAAACAGCCGCGAUUACAAGGAUCGAAUUCAGGCAAAGUACAUGGAUUGUGAGUAUCCGUCGACAAAUGCCUCCGCGCAAAGCCGAGCUAACAAUGAGGCCAACGCCAAGGCUUCAGAAUCGGCAUCCAGAUGCGACGUGGACAUCUCCUUUGAAGCCCUUGUCGUGGAAAUUAAUCGAUCCUGGCUUCACGGUGAGCUUUUUGCCGAUUCUGAGCUCAACGUCCCCGGCAACGUGCACUUAUCCCCCGGCCCCCAGGCAUUGAUCAAGGCUAUCGACGGCGACGGCACGGGCUUGGAACAGUACAGCUGCUUCCCGUCGUACCCUACCUCUUUCGUCAUCGCGGCGAAUGUGGAGCUCGAGUUCCGCGGCGACACGGCCCCUCUCGAAGAAGCUCUUGCAUCUUCGUCCCAUGAUGUUUAUAGCAAGGAUCCAGCGACUUUACUUGGAGGCCUCGUCCUCAACCCAGGCGUCACAAACGAUAAUUUCUACUCCAUGAUUGAAAUCGUCCUCAUCAUCACGGGCACCUAUGUUCUCCAGGACGAAGCCGGAGAGAUUCUCUCACGAGACGCAAAGCCACUUCUGCCCGGCAAGUACUUUGUCGUCGCUGACGAUAAGAUUGAGGUAUCAGACGAGGUGGCCAUGACUCGGACUUCAUCCCCUGAUACAGGGACAAGAAUUCAAGUCUUUAGAAAUCAAUGCAACUUUGGCCAUUGCAUCACACUCCCACCUAGCCGGGGAGGAGUGAUCAACUCUGUGCAAAAUGGCUUGCUCCUCCGGUCCGAUAUACGUCAAGUCUUUGAUCGUUUCAACGUCGCAAUUAAUCCGGAUGAUAACCAUAAAAUCAUCUCCUUUCAGCCAAACGCAAAGAAUGUCUCCGGCACGUUUCUAGAGCCUAGCCUCCUAAACGACGAGCGAAGGCCUGCUCCCGAACUUCUCCGGUGGCAUUUCCGGCAGGCUGUGCUGACCAACAUGAGAGGGGCCGGAGAGCCCGUGUUUGAGCACGAUUUCCCGCCCGGUUCGGAUAUGAUGGGGAGAUAA